AUGGUAGAGACCUUCUCGUCCGUUCCGAAGGUGGACUUCGGCCGACUGAACAAUCCAGUCACAAAACAGGAGGAACUGGCCAAAUUGCGCGAAGCUAUCUUUCUAGUGGGGUUUCUGUACCUGACGAACACCGGACUUGAGGAUCUCAUCCAUAGCACACAUGAGCGGAUCCCGCAGUUCUUUGCUCUGUCUAAAGAAGUGAAGGAGAAAUGUGACAUGAUAAAUUCGCCCUCAUUUUUGGGGUAUACACGCCUGGGUGCUGAAACAACCGCUUCAAAGACCGAUUUCCGCGAGCAAUUUGAUUUUGGCUCUCCUGGAGUAAAGCCAUGGAGGGACGACGAUCCGUUCUGGCAGCAGCUUGAAGGCCCCAACCAGUACCCAGACGCCCCUGGUUCCAAAGAGAUGAUCGAAGAGUACUUCCAUAAGGCCGGAAGCCUGGCGCAGAAAUUCAUGCACUUGGUAGCAGAAUGUUUAUCACUACCACCCGCUACCUUUGACCAAUUUAAAGGUAACAUGGAUCGACUCAAGUUUGUCAAGUAUCCCGCGAGUCCACCUAAUUCGCAGGGUGUGGGUCCGCACAAGGACUCGACAGGGCUCUUCACGUUCCUUUCCCAGGACGAUACAGGCGGACUACAAGUCCUGAACAAAAACGGACAGUGGAUCGAUGUCCCGCCUGUGGAUGGUAGCCUUGUUGUCAACAUUCAGCAGGGCUUCGAGGCUAUCACUGGCGGAGUCUGUGCAGCUACCACACACCGCGUGCUAGCCCCUACACAAAGAGCUCGAUUCAGCAUUCCCUUCUUCCUGGGCGUGAGGCUAGAUUUGACUUUACCCGAGCUCAAAGAUUCCGCAGCGCAUAUUGUGCAGCGCAUUCCGGUCUCGGAUGAUAAGGAGAAACGAGACGUGGAUGUCGCAAGCGAGUUCCUGUCGCCCUUAUACUCAUGUUUUGGAGAGGCAACUCUCCGGAACCGAGUUUUAAGUCACCCUGAUGUUGGGAGAAGAUGGUACCCGGAUUUAUACGAAAAGUAUUCUAGACAGGCUCUGAAAUGA